AAAAGCGCAAACGCGUGGAUCGCCGUUCAUCAGCAAAGCCAUUAAUUAAUUAAUUGCCGAAAGAAUUAAUUAAGAAAUAAAAAUGGCGACGACGGGGUCGAAGAUGAACACAGUGUUUGCUUACACGGUGGUGUACGUGAAGGACGUUGCUAAAUCCACAACCUUCUACUCCAAAGCCUUCGGCUACAACAUUCGUCGUAUAGACGACUCUAACAGAUGGGGGGAGUUAGAAAGUGGGCAAACAACGAUAGCGUUCACGCCGGUGCACCAGCACGAGACGGAUGAUCUGACAGGUGCAGUUAAAACCCCAAGCUCUGGCCGUGAGAGGCAGCCGGUUGAGGUUUGCUUUGCCUACCCUGACGUUGAUGCUGCCUACAAAAGGGCGGUAGAGAAUGGGGCGGUGGCGGUGAGUGAGCCAGAAGAGAAAGAGUGGGGACAGAAAGUGGGGUAUGUACGAGAUCCUGAUGGGAUCGUGGUCAGGUUGGGAAGCUACGUCAACCCACCAACAGCAAAGUAGGAUUCACAAUCUUAAUCUUUCCUUCCCGCGUCUGCUGCUGCAAAUUAAUAAGGACACAACAGCUAGCUAGUUCCAUGGGUGCCCAUGAAUGAUGAAUAAAUGAACUAGUAAUAGUAUUUUCCCAGAUUUGAGUACAAAUUUGAGAUAGGUUAAUUUACUUCCAACUUCUAGCUGCUUCGGGUAAUUGUUUUCAAUGCAUUGUGUACAAUUUUCCCAGUUAUACCUGUUAAAGUCUCACAACAUACAGAUUACAAAAUUUACUUGUAUUGGAAAACAAUUAUGACGAUUUGAACAAAUAUUGAGUUCAUGGACAUGAGAAGUGUUGUUUUGAAGUUGAUUGAUGCAAUUCAGGCCAACUGAAUUUUUUUGGUAAAUAAAGUAAAAUAUGAAUGUGUAAUGCAAAAACUUUUUGGUUUAGGCCAUAUCAUAUGCCCUUUGCCGUAAGUGCUGCAAUUGCACGUGUGUGAGACUCGUGAGGCCCACGAGAAACCCACACAUCAGCUGACAGGUGAGCUAGGCAGGGCAACGGACAAGAACACUUCCUCAUCAAAUGGGCAAAUACUAAUUGAAUACAAAGAUGUUCCACGUUUUAACAAUUACUAGACAAUGAGAAGAAAAACAAAUACAAAACAAAAACAAAAACAAA